AUGCAGGUGUGGUUCCAAAAUCGCCGAGCAAAAUGGAGGAAAAAGGACAACCUGAAAAAUGGACAUACAGAUCAAGCAACAUCCAAGGAGGAUGGCCAGGAACUUGGGAAGGACUGCAGUGCAUUUUCCAUUGAAAAUCUUCUGGCAGCAAGCAGAGUUCCUCGUGGACGUCGUCCGAAUGCAAAAUAUCCACGAGUUCAGGCAUGCAAAAACCUUUCCCCCUUCAUGUUGCCUUUAUUCCCUAUCACUCAGCCGGCAGGGAGGACAAUUCGAGAGUCGUCACCUCGACAUGUGGUGCAUGCACUCACAUUUUCUUUAAGGUUGAGUGUAAUGCUAAUUUUGUGUAAACAGUGA